AUGAGUAGUGACGGUGAGGAUGAUGAUGUUGAGAUGCUAGAUUCUGUGAAUGAGGAUCCAACUGUUGGUUGUGCACCUGCCUGUCCUGCACCAGUUUCACGUGGAAAGAAAAAUAAACUUAGAUCCCAAGUUUGGGAAUUUUUUAAACUCGUUAAAGAAGGGAGUGUGCAAGGCUUGAUAUGUCUAACAUCAGACAUGUGGACUUCUGUAACAACUACUGGAUAUAUAAGCUUAACUGCGCACUAUCUUGAUAAAGAUUGGUUGUUGCAAAAGAAGAUUCUGAAUUUCUUUCCUCUUCCACCACCUCAUACAGGUGAACACCUUUCUGCUAAGUUAUUUGCUAUUGUAGAAGAUUGGGGAAUUGAAGACAAGCUAUCCAACAUCACCUUAGAUAAUGCUGCAAAUAACGGAGCUUGUGCUGGAAUUAUGAAGAGUAGACUUGUUGCAAAGAAGAUCUUGUUCAACGAUGUAAAAUUCUUUCAUGUGCGUUGUUGUGCUCAUAUCUUAGCUCUUAUUGUAAAAGAAGGACUUAAGAAGAUUGAUCCAGUCGUGCUUAAGAUAAGAGCGUCAGUGAAGUCCCUUAAAAAGUCUCAAUUGGUAGAUUCAUACUAUGAAGACUGUCCAACUGAUGAAGAAUGGGAACAAAUUGAAGUAGUCACAAAGUUUCUCAAGGUUUCACUAAAGAAAGAAAGCAGAAAUGAUAUUGAAUUCAUUAGGAACAUGGUAAAAGAGAUGCAAGUAAAAUUUGAUAGUUAUUGGAAGGAGUUGAGUCCUAUAUUGGCUAUGACAGUUGUGUCAGAUCCUAGAUCGAAAAUGAAUUUUGUGAAAUUUACUUACUCCAAGUUGUAUCCUGAGGUGAGAGAAUUAGAACGUCAAGUUAAUAAAGUGCGCAGUAAUAUGACAACACUUUUUAAUGAGUAUUACACCUUGUCAAGUUCAAGAGCUUCCAACAGUUGUGCUACUCAAAAUUUGGGUAUUCAAAAUGGUGGGAAUUCUACUGCCCAAGAAGGGAGUGAUUUCUUUCAGGAAUAUGUUGCAACACAGGAACGUGGUGGUGAUGUACUAACUGACUUGUCAGAGUUAGAUGAAUAUCUUGGCGAGUCGUACAGAGGUUGUCUAAAUUCACCACUUGACAUCCUAAACUAUUGGAAGAACCAUGAACAACGAUUUCCGGUACUUUCAAGAAUGGCAGGGGAUAUUUUGUCAAUUCCUAUUUCAACUGUCGCUUCAGAAUCUGCAUUUAUCAUUGGAGGAAGGGAAAACAAGAUAUGGACGAGAACAAUGGGAAUACUGAAGAAGAUGUAUUAG